AUGAGGAUCCCGCUGUUCAAGCGCUUCGUUAUAGCUUGUCUCAACAUCCUCUUCCCACCCUUGGCGGUCUUACUCAUCUGCGGGCCAAACGAAGACCUCCUCUUCAACUGCCUCAUGUUCCUCCUAGCGGUCAUUCCUUCCCACGUGCACGGCUUCUAUAUCUCUCUGACCUACUUCAAUCGCAAGCGCAAAGUACGCAACGGCAUGUACCCAGGGAAGCCAAAGCACCUGAUCUGGAGCGACAAGGUGAACAAUGGGGGCGCGAGCAGGAGGGAAACCGAGAGAUUGAAGCAACAAACAGAAAACGGCAAGCUGGGCAGGAUGGUUAGCCGCCGGACUGCUAGUACGACGAUCAAGAACGGUCGUGAACCAACCCGUGUGGAAGACUGGGAUGACGGGUACAGGGAAGAUGCCAUUUCGCCGUCGACAAGCAGAAUGCGGUCGGGGAGGGUCGGUCGAAGCAACACGAGGGAAAGGUACUACGAGAAUCAGGACCAUUAUAGGUAA